CAAAACCGCCGUCUGUGGACCCUACGUCCGACCUGUAAACCACCAGAUGUUUCUCAGCUUCGUGCCGAGAGGAACGGAGGAGAUGCGCGUACGAGGGGGCAGCGGCAGGAGGACAUCUCUUUGCCUGGAUCUUUUCUCGGUGGAUAAGAUAGUGGACCAGCUGCAGCAGUUUGUUCAGAGCUAUGAUCUGGCUGCCCUGCGGGAUUACUGGAAUUAUCUUGACCGACGCCUUUUCAGCCGUUUGGAAGAUGUGUACCGACCAACAGUGAACAAGCUGAAAACCAGCUUAUUCCGAUACUACCUCAUCCAUACUGUUCAGACUGGCCGCAAUGACAAGGCGCAGGAGUUUUUCCUCAAGCAGGCCUCUGAGCUCCAGAACCAGGCGGAGUGGAAGGAUUGGUUUGUCCUGCCCUUCCUCCCUGCCCCAGACUCCAACCCCACCUUCGCCACCUAUUUCUCGCGCCAGUGGGCAGAUACAUUUAUUGUGUCUCUGCACAACUUCCUGAGUGUCUUAUUUCAGUGCAUGCCAGUUCCAGUCAUUUUGAACUUUGAAGCUGAAUGUCUCAGGAGCAGUCUCAUGCAAGAAGAAAAUGAAUCGUUGCGGCAUAAGCUGUUUGCUUUGCAGGCCGAAUCCUCCCGCAUGAAGAAAGAGGAACUGGAGGUGGAACAAGCAGUUGUGCAUCACAAGUUGCCUGCAUAUGUGGCCAACAUGGAUCGACUAGGGGACUCUGAGCUUGCUAUGACCUGCAGCCAGAGGAGUACUGCACAUUCUCUUCAGUCCCGGGGAGGCUUUCUGUCCUCUUUUCUCUCCCAAAGUAAAAAGGGCCCUUCCAGACCAGCCCAUCCAACUGGGGCCUCUCCAACGCAGACUGGCAGUAUGCUGCUAGGGAAGAAGGAACCAACAAAUCACCAGAGUGCCAAAGGAAAAGAAGGAACAGUGAGCUGUAAGGACGGGAAGAGCCACUUCAGUGGAUUAGUAGCAGGCGAAUCAAGUUCCCUGCAGCAGCGGCAGAAGCGCUUGCAAGAGCAUGGGAAGGAAAGGAAGGAGCUGCUGUCAAAAGGGACCUUCCAGGGCCAAAGUGCAGAGAAGAAAACAGAUAUUAGCACAGCUGAGACAGAGCCAUGCUCAGAGCUGCAUGCUGAGCAAGCAGAGGCUGCAACCAAAAUGCCUACCAGCAGUGCAGAGGCUGCGGGGGUCCGGCAGGAGCAGCCUUUCAUCGUCCUGAGCCAGGAGGAGUAUGGGGAGCACCAUUCAUCCAUCAUGUACUGCAGGGUUGAUUGUUCUGGACGGAGGGUGGCCAGCUUGGAUGUGGACGGGGUCAUCAAAGUCUGGUCUUUUAACCCCAUAAUGCAAACUAAAGCUUCAUCCAUUUCCAAAUCUCCGUUGCUGUCUCUGGAAUGGGCGACCAAGCGUGAUCGGCUGCUAUUGCUUGGCAGUGGGGUCGGGACAGUUCGUCUUUAUGACACGGAAGCAAAGAAGAAUCUCUGUGAAAUCAGCAUUGAUGAAGACAUGCCCAGGAUCCUCUCGCUUGCCUGCAGCCCAAGUGGUGCCUCCUUUGUCUGUUCUGCGGCAGCCCAGAGCCCCAUCUCCCACAUGGACUUCUCAGCAGUCAGCUCCGGGGGCAAAAGCAUGAACCAAGUUCCUGGGAAGCUGCUACUGUGGGACACUAAAACGAUGAAGCAGCAGCUGCAGUUCUCCCUGGAGCCUGAGCCCAUUGCUAUUAACUGCACAGCCUUCAACCACAACGGCAACCUGCUGGUCACUGGGGCUGCAGAUGGGAUUGUUCGUCUCUUUGAUAUGCAGCAGCACGAGUGCGCCAUGAGCUGGAAGGCACAUGAUGGGGAAGUCUACUCCGUUGAGUUCAGCUAUGAUGAAAACACAGUCUACAGCAUAGGCGAGGAUGGCAAGUUUAUUCAGUGGAAUAUUCACAGAAGUGGCUUGAAGGUGUCUGAGUAUGAUCUUCCCAGCGAAGCUACUGGUCCUUUUGUUCUGUCUGGGUACAGUGGCUACAAGCAUCUGAAGCAGCACCUACCCAUCCCUGCUCUGUGA